AUUCUGACUAAUCGAGCCCGGGAACUUGUGUACAGAGGAGAUGGAUAACUCCUAUUAUUUCUUGGCUGUGUUUAUGCUCGUACUCUCUCUGGGCUUCAGGAUAGAGGAGGGCAUGUGCCAACACUACUAUCUCUUCCGCCCCAUUCCCAGCGACACUCUACCCGUAUUGGACCUAAAGGAGGACCCGGAUCCGGUGCUGGACCCUAAGGAGAAGGACCUGAACGAGACGGAGCUCAGGAGCGUCCUGGGCAGCCACUUCGACCCGCACUUCAUGUCCGUCUCCCCGCCGGAGGACAAAUACGCGGGGAACGAGGAUGUGAGCGACGCGGAGAUGCGGCAGAAGCUCUCCGGAGCGAUGCCCAAAGAGAUCCGGGCCAUGGAGUUCGAAGUCCAGCACGGCAAGAAGCAGAAGCCGAGCAAAAAACUCCGGAGAAGGCUGCAACUGUGGCUGUGGUCAUACGCCUUCUGCCCGGUUGUUUACGCAUGGAACGACCUGGGCAGCAGAUUCUGGCCGCGCUACGUGAAGGUGGGGAGCUGCUACAAUAAGCGGUCUUGUUCGGUCCCUGAAGGGAUGGUCUGCAAACCUGCCAAAUCGACUCAUUUUACGAUCCUGCGAUGGCGCUGCCUGCAGAAAAAGGGGGGUCUGAAAUGCGCCUGGAUACCUGUUCAGUACCCCAUUAUAUCAGAGUGCAAAUGCUCCUGCCCGAACUGA